AGCCUACCAAGUACCAACCACGUCACCGCCGGGCAUAUCGCGCAGCGGCCAGCGCCGUGGAAACCGUAGACGGAGGACAAGGGAAAGAAAGCCUGCCGCCCCAAUCUCGUGUCCCGCCGGCGGCCACCACCAUCACCGCCAUGAUCAGCAUCCUCGCGCAGGAGCGCCUCCUUGGGUUCGCCCUGGGCUCCGUCUCCAUGGGCGGCUUCGUCCUCCACCAGCGCCGCGCCAUCUACCGCUCAAUCGCUGAAGCCGACGGGUCGCCCUACUUCUACCAGCCUGGUGAAAUUGCCAGUCGAAGAAGCUCAACUGAACUGGCUCAUGUAUGGAACAAGGCAGUGGACGAGACCCUUGGUCGACUUGUUGUGUACCUUAGCUCUCGUGGAUGGUGAUUCAAGCACCAUGUUGACCAUGGCAACUGAGGAAGCACAGACUCUUUUUUCAAGCCACUGAUGUGCUGAAACGUCCUGAUGUGCUCAUAUUUCUCUGUACCCGGAUUGAACAUGUUUUGUUUUUUUUAAAGAAAAGAGACCCGCAAUGACCGAUUUAUCUCGAACUGAGCUGAUUCUACCGCACGCUUCGCUGAACAGUUGGAUGUUACUUCAAGCCCAAUGUUCUAGCUCUGUGAAAGGCAGGAUUCUCCUAACUAUUUUAGAUAUAUGUAUUGGUAAUAAAGAAUGUAUGUUCUCUGCUGACUUUGCAACACUCCAAUGGAAACUAUGACCAUUCUCUAAUGGUCAGUUACCUAUC